CCCACUGCUGAGACCCUCCCAGCUUCCCCUUCCCCAUGCCACCCUCCUCCCCUGCGGUCCGGAUCUCUUCCUGACUCCUGCCACACAACACCCGGUUCCCAAUUCCGGGCGUCCCAUAGCUGGCUGGUUUCCCAAGGGUUAACAACAUUGCAGUGACGGCACUGGGCGAGCAUCCCUGGGAGCUCCUGGGCUGACCCUGCCCUGCCCGAGUCCCAGGUGAGAGGCGGGGGUUGGCAGCGGACGGUAUAAAUCCCAGAGCUUGGAGCCAGGAUGGUGCAGCUCACUUUACCCCAGCCAUCAGAGACGAGGUCAGCCACUGCUGCCCCCUAAACGCCUCCAGGAUGGUUUGCGGUGGCGGACCGUCACCCCUUGGCGUGACUCCCAUGAUUCUCCUGGUUCUGUGUCUCCAUCUCCCAGACUCGGUGUCCAAGUGCAUCUCACGGCUGGAGGAGCCAGCGCUGGAACCGCUGCCGGCUGGCAUGGACCCCUACAUGCAGCCAGCGGGGAUCCUGCAGCCCCAGGUCCACCCACAGGGGCAGAGGGUUGGUAACGAGCCUGGGGUAUAUGGAGGAACUGAUUCUGAAUCGUAUGGAGGACCUGGGCCCGGAUCGUAUGGGAUAGAUGGGCCCGGGGCCUAUGGAGGAGCCUGGACUGGAUCCUAUGGAGGAACCGGAUGUGCAUCAUAUGAAGCAGCCAGAACUGGGUCAUAUGAACAACCUGGGCCCGGAUCAUAUGGAAUAAAUGGCCCCGAAACCUAUGAAGGAGCCAAGCUGGCUAUAUCAGUGGGGGGCUCCCCAUCACAGUAUGGGAUGCCGGGUGCUGGCUAUGGGGUUGGCUCAGUCAGGCCACCUGGGCACGUCCGGCCAGUCUAUAAGCACCCCAGCAUCCCCUUUGUGCCAGGUCUCCAUGAUGAGGCCAGAACCGAAGGGCACGUAUGGGUCAACUAUAGGGACCUGGUGAGCUAUGGUGGGAAUGCCCAGCUGGGGUUGGGGGCAGGUGGGUUCCCACGCCCGCAGUACAAGGACCCCAGCAUCCCCUAUGUGCCGAGCCUCUCGGAGCUGCCCAACCAUGCCAGACACAGGGUGUUGUCCAUGCCCAGGGUCUCUACUGACAAUGGUGUUGGAGAGGGAGCAGGAACAGGAGAUGUGUCAAUGCCAGGCUCUUCCAAUCCCACGCUGCCCAACAGCCCUUAAUCCACAGGGCGUGAGGAGCGAGCUGGUGAGGUUUAGCAGCUAAGGCAGGAGGAGGGCAGAACACCUGGGUUCUGUCCGCAGCUCUGGGGGGUAUGGUUUAGGAGUGAGAGCAAGGGAAUGGGACUCAGGACUCCUGGGUUCUAUCCCCAGUUCUGUGAGUAGGGUCUAGUGGUUAGAGUGGGAGGGGGAAAGCGGGCCAGGACUCCUGGGUUCAAGCCAAGCUCUGUGAAGGGAGUGGAGUCUAGUGGUUUGGGGUGGGGGGUGGCUGGGAGUCUGUACUUAUGGGUUCUAUCCCCCAUUCUCCUGUCAUCUUACUACAUGCCCCUGACUGGGCCACUCCAUUGCUUCGUGCCUCAGUUUCCACCAUUGUGUUUCAAGACCUUUUGCUCAGCGCUUAGUUGUGGAUGGGGGUAAACGCUUAUUGCCCUCCCUGUGUAAAUUCCCCACCCCCAUCCCCUCAUCCACCAUUUACCUGAUCUCCCCCCCACCCAACCUGGAUCACUUCAGCUCUCCACCCCCCAACCACGUCUCCUUCCCAUAUGGUCGGUGAUCUCCAGGUCUUUGUAUUGCUGGGAUGCCGGGGUGGGGAUGCAGAGGAUGGCUGCAUCUCUCUUUGCUCCUCGUUUCUGGUGCUCUAAAUGCUUCCAAUAAAAUCCUUGCUCUGCUAGGUCAUUUGGCUUAUUUCCUCCCUGCGGAGCGAGUUCAGGGCAGGAGCCAGGCAGCGCUGGGAGCUCAGAGCAGGGACAGGACGGUCAGCAGCGGUGCACACU